AAGGAGCGCUACCAUUGGCUGGCCCAGGACGUGAAGGUGAGCGGCGUGGACGACAUGGUGCUCCUGUCCAAAAUCAACGAGGACGCCAUUACGGAGAACCUUAAGAAGAGAUACAUGGACGACUACAUUUUCACCUACAUCGGGCCGGUUCUGAUCUCCGUCAACCCUUUUAAGCAACUUCCAUAUUUCACAGACAGAGAAGUGGACCUCUACCAGGGAGCGGCCCAGUACGAGAACCCGCCUCACAUCUACGCGCUGGCCGACGACGUUUACCGUAACAUGAUGAUCGACAGCGAGAACCAGUGCGUCAUCAUCAGCGGCGAGAGCGGCGCCGGGAAGACGGUGGCGGCCAAGUACAUCAUGAGCUACGUAUCCAAGGUGUCGGGGGGCGGAGACAAGGUGCAGCACGUGAAGGACAUCAUCCUGCAGUCCAACCCGCUGCUGGAGGCCUUCGGGAACGCCAAGACGGUUCGGAACAACAAUUCCAGCCGCUUCGGAAAGUACUUUGAGAUCCAGUUCAGCAGAGGCGGCGCUCCCGACGGUGGGAAAAUCUCCAAUUUCCUCCUGGAGAAGAGCCGAGUGGUUUCGCAAAAUCCCGGCGAGAGGAACUUCCACAUCUACUAUCAGUUGCUGGAGGGGGCGAGCGGGGAGCAGAGGGAAAACCUGGGCGUCACGACCCCAGACUACUACAACUACCUCAACCAGUCGGGAACGUUCACGGUGGAAGACGUCAACGACAAGAAGGAAUUCUCCGACACUUUGGAGGCCAUGUCGGUGGUGGGCCUCUCCGCGGAGGACCAGGAUUCGGUGGUUCAGCUGGUGGCGGGCAUCCUCCACCUCGGGAACAUCAACUUUCGCGAAGAGAACAACUUUGCGGUGGUGGAGAGCGCCGACUUUCUGGCCUUCCCGUCCUUCCUGCUGGGGAUCCCUCAGGACGCUCUGUGCGACAAACUGACCAGCAGGAUCAUGGACAGCAAGUGGGGCGGCAAGACCGAGUCCAUCUCGGUCACCCUGAACACGGAGCAGGCCUGCUUCACCCGCGACGCCCUGGCCAAAGCCCUCUACAGCCGCCUCUUUGACUUCCUGGUCGACCGCGUUAACAGAGCCAUGCAGAAGGAUCAAGAGGAGUUCAACAUCGGAGUUUUGGACAUCUACGGCUUCGAGAUCUUUCAGCAAAAUGGUUUUGAGCAGUUCUGCAUCAACUUUGUCAACGAAAAGCUGCAGCAGAUUUUCAUCCAACUCACGCUGAAGGCGGAGCAGGAGGAGUACGUUCAGGAAGGAAUCAAAUGGACAGCCAUCGAGUAUUUCAAUAACAAAGUGGUGUGUGAUCUCAUCGAGUCCAAAUUGAAUCCUCCCGGCAUCAUGAGCGUCUUAGACGACGUGUGCGCCACCAUGCACGCCAAAGGCGACGGCGCCGACCAGACGUUGCUCCAGAAACUUCAAGGUCAGGUGGGCUCGCACGAGCACUUCAGCAGCUGGAACAAAGGAUUCGUCGUACACCACUACGCCGGAAAGGUGUCCUACGACGUCAACGGCUUCUGCGAGAGGAACAGGGACGUGUUGUUCAACGACAUCAUCGAGCUGAUGCAAAGCAGUGAGUUUCCCUUCGUCCGAGCGCUUUUCCCCGAGAACCUGAACGUCGAGAAGAGAGGACGUCCCACCACGGCCGGCGGCAAGAUCAAGAAACAAGCCAACACUCUGGUCCAGACGCUCAUGAAGAGCACGCCUCACUACAUUCGCUGCAUCAAACCCAACGAGACCAAACGGCCUCGGGACUGGGAGGAGAACCGGGUGCGUCACCAGGUGGAGUACCUGGGCCUCCGCGAGAACAUCCGGGUCCGUCGAGCGGGAUACGCCUACCGUCGCCUUUUCAACAAGUUCCUGCAGAGGUACGCCAUCCUGACCAAAGAGACUUGGCCCGCCUGGCGAGGUGACGAGCGUCAGGGGGUCCUGCGCCUCCUCAACUCUGUCAACAUGGACGAUGACCAAUUCCAGCUGGGGAAGACCAAAGUCUUCAUUAAAGCUCCGGAGUCGCUCUUCCUGCUUGAGGAGAUGAGAGAGCGCAAGUACAACGGUUACGCUCGGGUCAUCCAGAAGGCUUGGCGGAAACACGUUGCCGUCCGCAAGUACGUGAAGAUGAGGGAAGAAGCAUCUGACAUCCUCUUGAACAAAAAGGAAAGGCGCAAAAACAGUUUGAACAGGAACUUUGUGGGCGACUACAUCGGCACCGACGUCCACCCGGAGAUCCGCCAGUUCGUAGGCCGCAGAGAAAGAAUCGACUUUGCCGACGUGGUGGUCAAAUUUGACCGCCGCUUCAGGACGGUGAAGCGCGACCUUAUACUCACCCCCAAGUUCUUGUACCUGAUCGGUCGAGAGAAGGUGAAGCAGGGUCCGGACAAAGGGCAAAUCCGGGAGGUUCUCAAGAGGAAGAUGGAACUCGGCAGUAUCCAGUCCGUUUCCCUCAGCACUCUUCAGGACGACAUCUUUAUCAUUCAUCAACAAGAGUACGACAGCGUCCUCCAGAGUGUUUUCAAGACGGAGUUCCUCAGUCUGCUCAUCAAGCGUCAUCAUGAGAAAACUCAGAAUAAUCUUCCGCUCAAGUUCAAUAACCUGCUGGAGUUUAAAGUCAAGAAGGAAGGCUGGGGCCCGUUUAGCUCGUCGGGGUCCAGGCAAAUCCAGUUCCAGCCUGGUCAGGGAGACCAGGUGCUCCUGAAACCGAGCGGGAAGGUUUUGCACGUCUCCAUCGGACCGGGUUUGCCUAAAAACUCAAGUGAGGAAAACCGAGAAAAGGCCCGAGCGCCCGGAGUCUCUUCUGACUCGGAGUCUUCUCUCAGGACCUACCAGGAAGGACAACCGCAAGAGUUUCUACCGGGAAAACCGGACCGCGCCGGACUACCGAAGCGACUCAGGUACACGGACCGACCCGCUGCCAGAGGCUCGUUACUGAGGCAACAGUCCAGCAUGGAGCAGCCCAGUCUGCCACGCCUCCAGAGCCAGACCCGGCGCGACAGCGGGCGCCCUCUUGAGGUGGACAUGGGCUUCAUGAACGUCCCGGAACAAGGCGCCGCCGGGCUGCAGCGUCGGCGUUCCAAGGAGGUGAAGCCGGUCCCGGGAGCGGGUCGACCCAAACCGGCCCCCAAACCCAAGCCCCGUUCCCCGCAGUGCCGCGCUCUCUACGCUUACGACGCCCAGGACACGGACGAGCUCAGCUUCAAUACGGACGACGUCAUCGAGAUUCUCACCGAAGAUGCGUCGGGCUGGUGGUUCGGACGCCUCCGCGGCAGAGAGGGAAUGUUCCCCGGAAACUACGUGGAAAAGAUCUAG